UCCAUUGACAAUACUGUACAGGAGAUGGCGGUCUAAUCCUUCUUUCUAUAGGACAGACCAACACCGUCUGUUACUGGCAUUGAAGUGGUUAAACUGGUGGAGUCGACACGCUUUUUGUCGUCGUUGCUUCGAGUCGAGUUGGGGGAAAACAGCGGCAACACGGAGAUGCUGAGCGGAGGGGUUUUCUAGUCGCCCAUCGGUGUUCAGUGACAUGAGCAGAUUUGCUAAAACACCAAACUAUGGCAGGGAACCUCAGCUGCUACGAGUCUCUAGAUACUCCUGCCGCCGCAUAGAAAAGCCGCAUUGUUGAGCAAAAUCCUUGUAACCGUGAGCAGCAAUAAUGCGAGGCGCGGACAGCAGCAGCAGGUCUGCCGUGAUUGUGCUCUGCCUGCUGGGAUGUGAUUUAUGGACGGCGGCCGCUAAAACACCGCAGGAGAACAGCGAUGCCAAAGAAGUGGCUCUGAAGGUUCACCUGAGUGACGCUAGCACUCAUCAGCCUCUCGCUGGUGUCACCGUGGAGAUCUUCACUAACCACACUCCUGUUGCCUCGGAUAUCUCUGGUGCCGAUGGCAAUGCCUACAUCAGGUUCCCUUAUCGCCUUGGCGACCUUCUUGUAGUGACAGCAACCAAGCGUGGCUAUGUACCCAACUCCAUUCCAUGGCGGCCAAACAGGCUUCCCGUCUUCUCAUCUCUCAGUCUGGAUCUGCUUCCUGAGAGGGCUGCUACUCUGAUGGUGUAUGAUGACGUGGUGCAGAUUGUCUCUGGAUAUCAAGGUUCAAAGCUGCAGCCAUGGGUGCAGUUCCAGAGAAGAGCAUUGAGUCUUCCUUCUAAUGCAACCUACACCAACCUGACCGCCUUCCUCACAGUGAGCAGUUCAACACAAGACAUGCAGUACUUCCCCUACCUGCAGGGGCUUCAUCCCAACUACGCAGGCGUUGAUCGAAAGUUCGAGUUGACUCCUAUAGCUGCUAUCAGUGUCCAUCUUUUGGGAAGCGAUGGGGCGGAGCUUCAUGUCAGUGAGCCAAUCAGUGUGAGCGUUCCUCUUCCUGCAAACAGUGGCUUGAAAGAGAAUGAUCACAUCCCCGCAUGGAGGUUUGACCCUAAACUGGGGGCCUGGUUGAAGAGCAGUCUGGGAUACGUCCAGAGAGAGGGGAAACAGUUAACUCUCACAUACAUUGCCCCUCAGCUUGGCUAUUGGGUCGCAGCCAUGUCUCCCAUAAACACAGGUCCAGUGGUGGCGAAGGACAUUAGCACUUAUCACACAGUCUUCCUGCUGGCCAUACUAGGAGGCAUGGCCCUGAUACUGCUCUUCCUGCUCUGUCUGCUGCUCUACUAUUGCAGAAGGAAGUGUGCCCGCUUGCGGCCUGCCCACAGGAAGUUUACUCCAUCCUCCGCUUUAGAUGCCUCUAAACGAGACCAGGCUACUUCCAUGUCCCACCUGAACCUCAUCAGUGAGACUCACCUAGACCACAAUGGGGCAGAGCCGGACAUGCACACACCUAUGCUUAAACCCACCCCCUACGACUCCUCCACCAAUGAGCUUGCAGCUUCGCACAGCGAGCUCCAUAGCCGAGGAUCCAACCACUACAAACACUCAGUAGAGAUAUUUCCCCUCAAAUCUGCUUGUUCAAACAAUCCUUCCCAGGGUUAUGAUUCCCCGGCGGGACGUGGAGAGUACCGGCGGAGCUAUACGUCCAUCACGACUUCAUCCAUCCAUCCCCUCCACAUGUCCAUCUCAUCCUCUUCCCCCCAUCCAUUGCAUCACACCACCUCUGCAGGACGACUGUCAUCGAAGAGUAAAUCAAGCUUGCGUGAAAACUGUCUCUCUCCUGUUUCAGUCGCAUCCACAAGUCCUGCCGGAUCCCCAGAGCGGGAGCAAGGAAUCGAGCGGCGGCCAGCCGACUACAUGCUGUCCCGCUCCGUAGACCAUCUGGAGCGUCCCGCCCCACUUCCCCGACCUGGAGCCCUGCUCUGCUGCACCUCCGAAUUGCAAGUCAACCAAGGGGAAGAAACCUACCGCAAAGCUCGUCCCACCCUCGUCAUCCCCGCCCACUACAUGCGACUUCCAGGGACGCACCCUCUGUCAGGCCAAGCGCUGCUUUUGCAGUCAGACGAACAGAGCGAAUUGGAAAGCAUUCAGGCAGAACUCAGUGCGUGCCAUCAGCCCCAAGGCCAAGUCCUGCACCCGUGGGGCAAAGGAGAGCAGGAAGGAGGGACGCAAGGGAAGGGAGCCGACCGAGGCGGAGGAGUUGAGGAGUGGAUGCUGCAGACAGCUACUCUUCCUGCUGAUCUCUCCAUCCCCAACUCACUCAACCAAGCGGGCCUGGAUGUGGUGCAGAUGAACGGAGAAGAUCAGCUUCUGGCCGAAAAGACUUUGAUGGAGCUCCGGGGAGGAAAGCCGCUCCCUCACCCCAGAGCUUGGUUCGUGUCACUGGACGGCCGCUCCAAUGAGCACAUCCGCCAUUCCUACAUCGACCUGCAGAGGGCAGGAUGCAACAGCAGUUGUGUCGGAAGCAACGACGCCAGUCUGGACUCUGGGGUUGACAUGAGCGACGUCACACCAGGGCGGCGUGUUCGUAAUAAAGUCGGGGUUAAAACUGAAGCUGGGGCUCUGCCUGUGGUGCCCGUGGUCGAAUAUACACCGCUAGUGUUUGUAGAGGACUCGAAUGCUAAUGCGGAGAGCAGCGGUAGCCCAACACCAGUCUGCAGUCCUGAAGAACACUCUCAAGGGGUUUUUUUGCAGGAAAAAGAGAGGGAAGAGGAAGACGAAGGGAGUUUGUCUCCCCCAUCGCCUCCACCUGAGCGUCCUUCUCCACCUCCUCUCCCUGAGCCUGUGGUUGAAAUGGCAGAGGAGACAGGGACAGAUAACAAUGUUUUCAGGACUGAGGAGACUCAAAUGCACAUGGGCAGCAGCCGGCCAGAUAACCUGGUCGUCCCUGAUGGCGGUGAAGACGAGAACAAGAAGAGUCCGUGGCAAAAACGAGAGGAGCGACCACUACUAGCCUUUAACCUAAAAUGACACGACACGAAGGAUAGUUUACCAAAAAAAUUAAAAAUAUCAUAAUUGACUCAUCAUCAUGUUGUUCCAUACCUGUAUGACUUUAUUCUGUGGAUUGAAGCAUUCUUUAUUCAAACAAUUGAAGCAUUGAAAAGACGUCAUACAGGUUUGGAAUGCCAUGAGGGUUGAGUAAAUGCUGACAGAAGUCAUUUUUGGUGAACUGUCCCUCUAAGUGCUUCCCCUGUGGUCCCUAGCUGGACUGUUGAAUGGAGUUGCCUUAUGAGCGCAGGUCUGUGCGUGGCUGUUUGCCUGUGGCAAUGAAAGCCAAGAAAGCCAUAGCACAAAUGAAUAUUGGAGCAGCUCUGCCUCACAACUGAACGAGGACGAACAAUCUGAAGUUUUCAAGCAAAACAAAAACAAACAAAAAAAAACAAACAUUAAAUACCAAUAAUCUAAUGCACAACUGCUAUGGCUUUCCAGACAUACACUUUGAGCAAAAAAUAUCGCAAGCCAUUGUAUUGAAGUGUAAUGUUGUUUAAGCUUUAUGAGAUGCUGCUGUUUUUGAGCAAUAUGACAUCUAGUGGCAACAUGUGUACACUGCAACUACACCACUAAGUGUUUCCCAGCACUUAUUUUUGGACAUUUUAUGAGAUGACCGGUGGAAUGUCUUCCGCAUCUUAAUGGGUAAAAAAA